AUGAGGCAUACCAUCUCCAUCAAAGCCAUCAAAGCCAUCAAGACCAUCAAGGCCGUCAAGGCCAUCACACCCGUCUGUCUCUCAUCGAGUAGAGCCAAGCCCGGCGAUAGCGUCGUGAUGCACCGUUCUUGCGCCGCAAUGCUGCAGCGCGCCUCGGCUGUUCUGGGCAAGUUGCGCUGGCGGACCGUGGCGCUCACCCUCGCCGUGCUGUCGGUCGGCCACUUUAUCUUCAUCGACGACACGCUGCGGAAUGCAUACUCGACGCACGUCGGGAAGCUGGGCGCGAUCACCCCCACGACAACACCUUACAUCUCAAUACCCACCUCCGUCGCGCCCUUCUCCGCCGGCGACACCGCCGAGGACAUCGCCAUCUGCCUCUCCGUGAAAGACCAAUACGCCGACCUAACGGAGUGGCUCACGCAUCACUACCACCACCUCUCGAUCCGCCGCUUCUACGUCAUGGACGACGGCUCCUCGCCCGCGCUCGCAACCUACAACUACAGCGCCUUCGUCGACCCGAAGGCCAUCACGCACCGUUACUACCACCCCGCGCUGCACCACCCCUACCAGCAGCUCGCCAGCUACUCUGACUGCUUGAAGCUGUUCGGCGACCGACACAAAUGGAUGGCCUUCAUUGAUGCCGACGAGUACCUCGAGGUGCAAGGCAACGAGACCCUGCACUCCAUCCUCGCGCCCUACGAUGACGACGACUCCGUCGGCGCCUUCGCUGUCAACUGGCAGAUCCACACCAGCGGCGGCCUGCUCACCCGCCCCCAGAGUGCGCGGAAGGGUUUCAGGCGCUGCAUCGAGGACCAGGACCCCAACCACAGCCCCGACGUCGGCACGGAGAACGAGCACAUCAAAGUCAUCGUCAAGCCGCUCCGCGCCGCGAAACCGGAGGUGCAUAAGUUUGAACUGAAAAAGGGGGCUAGGACAGUGGGGGAGGAUGGCGAUACGGUGGAUCGCUUGGCGUGGCGGGUGCCGAUUACAAGAAGGAGGGUGGCGCUGCAUCAUUAUGCGACGAGGAGCCGCGAGGAGUAUGUGGCGAAGAUGGAGAGAGGGAAUGGGAUGGGAUCGCCGAAGGGGUGGGAUUGGUGGGAUUGGGUCGAAGCGAUUCCGACGGUGGAGUGUGGUGAGAUGGCUAUGCUUGAGCCGUAG